AUGUGGGGCGAUACAGAAAAACCAGACCCACUGCUCCUGGGAACCCAUAUCGGCGACGGCCGUCACCAUCCCCACCAUCCACAUCAUCAUGCCCAUCAUGCACAUUUCGGUCUUGCCGGAAAACCAUUCUACCACGUGGAUCGGUUCGCGGUGACGGCUACCUCAUCGUCAACAACGACGACAACAACCAACUCAUCUUCUUCAAACCAUCAUCUUCCAAAUCAUCUACAUCAUCACAAUGGUAUGACUGCCGGUACAUCUUCAAUGGGACAAAUUAAUGGGACAGGAUCAACUGGGUCAAGAACGAGGCAUCCACAACCGACUGUUAUGUGGAAAGGAGAAACUAGUAGGAAGAAACGAUUCGAAAAUUUCUGA